AUGGGCUCUGCUACCGCUUCUCCAGAGACAAGUCCAACAAGAGCUGACAAGGCGAGAAAACCUGGAAGCGAGAUUAAUACUCCAAAAACAAAGCAUAGUUCAACCGGUGAAGAGCAAUCACUGGCUAGUGAGCAUGCUGAGAACGCCAAUAAUGAAAAAUUGGAGAACCAAGACACUGUCGUAAGAAAAGGACGUGGUAACUUCAAAGGACCUGGUAGUGAAAAUCAGCCUGACCAACAACAACAAGCAACUCGUUCCCCGAGAGGUCGGGACUUCGAUGCAACAAGUUUGAGACAAUACCCACCCAAAACUGGAGGAGACAAAACACCAAAUAAGGGUCAUAAUAGAAAAAAGUCAAAAUCAGAUAGUAGGCAAAACAGCAACGGAGUUCAAGGUUCUGAAAGCGGAGGAUCUAGUAGCGAUAACAAUGUCUCUGAUGAUGUCACCAAGGUUACUGCUUCCUUAGAAAAUAUCACUAUUGGUGAGAAUAAGAAUGAAUCAAAUCCCACCUCUCAAUCUACAACAAAUGACUCAACAUCAUCAGCUUCUCAAGGACAACAGAUUGUUGAGGAGUGGGAAAAGCAUGCAGAUAGCGAGGUGAAAAUCAAAAGUCCUGUCAGUCCUGUCAGUCCCGUCAGUUCCGUCGCUAGUCCUGCGGACGGCAAUCCAAAUCCAUUUGAUUGGUCUAAUAGACAGAAGGAAGGUCCAAAAAAUGAAAAUAGAGGGGGCUUUAAAAAGGGACAUAAGAAGAGUAAGAGUAGUAAAAUUGAAUUCAAUUUUGAUCCAGAUGCGUACGAAGGCUCAACUCGUAUUUUAGAUAUCUUUGAUUUUCCCGCAUCUUUUAAGACUCACCAUCUCCACGAGAUUUUUCAAGAAUAUGAGAACAUGCGUGGAGGUUAUCGCAUCAAGUGGAUGGAUGAUACUCGUGCUUUAAUUAUCUUUGAACAUCCGGCUACGGCACGGAAAGCGUAUUUAGAUAAUGUUACCAAUCAAACAGCACAAAUUAAACCAUAUGAUGGUCCCACAGAUUUUCUUCAAAAAAAUCCAAAUAACGCACAACCUCGUGCACGUCCUGCUACCACUGAUAUGGUUGCUAAACGCCUCGUUCAUGGAGCUCUAGGUGUACGUGUUGCUAGAUCGCCUGAACAACGUCAAGCAGAAAAUCAAAUACUCCGGAAUGCUAGGGAUCAACGUGAACAAAAGCGUAAUGAAUAUACUAAACGUUCUCAAGAUUUGGAUGCAGCCUUCAAUGAAUAA